AUGCAAACUCUCCUUCAGUUGAGCCUAUUGUUGGCUCUCACGUUCUGCCAUCUCACAUUUGCCUCUGACCCUGCAUCUCUUCAGGAUUUCUGUGUCGCAGAUAGAAACAAUCAAGGUAUGCAUAUUUUGAAAAUGAACGGAUUUGCUUGCAAGAAUCCUGCGACAGUCCAAGCCAAGGAUUUCUCUUUCACCGGGUUGCACAUUCCCGGAAAUACCCGUAAUGCUAUUGGUUCUGCCGUCACAGCUGCCACUGUGACUCAGAUUCCUGGUCUCAAUACCUUAGGCAUCUCAAUGGUGCGUAUUGACUUAGCGCCAUGGGGUAUCAAUCCUCCGCACACUCAUCCAAGAGCUACCGAGAUUCUCACUGUCAUUGAAGGCUCUCUGGAAGUAGGAUUCGUCACAUCAAACCCUGAUAAUCGCCUUAUCUCAAAGAUUCUCCAAAAGGGUGAUGUAUUUGUCUUCCCAAUCGGGUUGAUUCACUACCAACGCAACGUUGGAAAUGGUAAUGUUGUGGCCAUUGCUGCACUAAGCAGCCAAAACCCAGGAGUUAUCACAAUAGCCAACUCCAUCUUUGGGUCAAAGCCAGACAUUUCUGCUGACAUUCUUGCAAAGGCAUUCCAAGUGGACAAGAGCAUUGUGCAGCAGAUCCAAUGGAGGUUCUAG